UAGAAUUAAAAAAAAGAUGGACAGUCGUUUCUCGACCGUAAGUCACCAAUUAUUUUUUUAUUCUUUUCACUCGUGAUUAUUUUAAGUCGUCUCUCAAUCUUUUAUUCGUUCACUUUACGAUUAGCCGCCAUUUGUUUUUUUUCCUCCCCAUUCAUAUUUUGGAUCCACCACUACUAUAAAUAUAUAAUAGGGAUAUAUCAAGUAUCCAUUGAAGCAGACUGUAUUUUUCAUCUCAAAAUGUCAACUAAACCACAUUAUGAGGCUGACAAAGAAAUUGAAGAGUCCAAGGAUGGAUGGAGUCUCAAGCCCAAUGCACUCAGCAUUGUAUGGGGUAAUGACAAUCGUUAUUGGAUCAUGCCACAACCUGGGCGAGAAGAAGGUGCAAAGUUGUUGCAAGUAUCUUGGCUAGAAGUGACAGGAACAAGUAAGAAGUCCCUAACAAAAGGCAACAAAUAUGGAAUCAGCUUUGUAAUAGAGUUAACUGAUGGAUCCUUCGGCUGGAAUGGCUGUCCUGUUUUUUUGAUGGCUAAACUUGGGAAGAAGGGUCAAUAUAAAUGGCAAAAGGUUAGCUUAUCAGAUCUUCCAAAGAACCAAAAACAUGAAAUUCCAAUUGGGAAUCAGUUUACUCUUGAGGUCCCAUUUGAUUGCACCAAUGAUGAUCUUGUGCUCUAUUUUGGGUUAUAUGAAGUGUGGACAGGGAGAUGGAAGGGAGGGUUAAGCAUCUAUGAGGCCAAAAUUAAGGACUUAUCAUCUAUUUAAUUGCUUUUGAUAUUAUUAAUAAUUAUCUUUUAAUUAUUGAUUCAAUAAUUAUGAUGGAA